AUGGAUAUCUUGGACGGGAAGCAAGCAAGACGAACCAAAACUGAUGGCAUACUCGAUGAAUACUUUGAUCAUGGCUGCGAUGCAAUUUCUGCAGUCUUUAUAGCUAUAGGUGCUUCAAUAACUCUACAGCUUGGUGUUCAUCCAAGCGAGUGUUUCUUUAUGUGUUUUGUUGGACUUGGAGUCUUCUAUACUGCUCAUUGGCAAACGUUUGAUGCUGUUGAAUCGCAAGGAGCUAUUGCAGUCACUCAUUUUAUUACCGCUUUAAUAGGUCCAGGAAUAUGGUCCUAUGAAAUAUAUGGACAUAGAAUAAACUUCUAUCUGCUAGUAGUUUCUACUGUUGUGGCAUUAGUUGCUCUUCACAGAUCAUUUGAAAUCAUCUUUAGUAGAGGAUCAACUGUAGCUGUGGCACAAAUGUCGAAAAGUCCUGUAGAUUUUGUCGAUACCGUUUUUAUUGGUCCAAUGAUGAUAUUCGUCAACCAAUACAUGGGAUUACCAAUUUCUAAUGAAAACCUUGUACUUUCGGCAGCUUUGAAGAGUGGAUUAAAUUUAGGAGUCAAAAGGUCAGAGGACAAUGUGAAUCUGAAUCUAAGUUACAAAGAAUUCCAGUGGGGUAUAUGCGUUGGACAAGGUCUCAAAAAAUCGAAAAAUUUCUUGAAAACUUAG